AUGAAGGGAAUUGCUUUUCCUUUGCUUUUCAGCGUUGCUACGCUCGCCCAUCCAACGGGUCUGUGGUGGGGCACCGACUUCUGCUAUCCCACCCCGGAAAAUACCGACAACCAGUGCUCGCAAUCCCAGAAGGCUGGGUUUGACUGGUCUAACAUAGACGAUGUCGAUAACUGGGCCUUCGAAGGCUUCAACUUCGAUGGCUUCUCGCCCAGCGAUAACUGCGGGGGAUCCGGUGGCAAGUGCAUCGCAGGAAAGCUUUGUCGGGACGAUGCCUACACCAUCAAGGUGGACGCCGUUGACGCUCCGUUUUCCGUCCGCACCUUCCAUCUUUCAACUUCUCGGCCCACCAACGUCCUUAUGAAGUAUGAGCUGGCAGAUGGGACCUCUUGUCACCAGGUCGCUUUCAGCUCCCCCGAGGGUGUCGAUGUCAACAACGACCAGUGUGGUGGAGCCCGUUCCGUCGAGUUUACACUUCCUGAAGAGAGCCAGUUUGAUGAAUGUGACCUGAACAUCCAUUCGGUUGCCUUUGACUGCUCUACUGGGCCCAAGCCUCCCCCUAUGGCUACUCCAUCUGAAUCUCUAGUGCCUAGCAUGAGCUGGAGUACUAUGCCUAGUCUGCACACUCACUCGACCAGUGUGAUGGAGGAAAUUACCACUGAUAUUACGCCUAUGGCUACUACUUCCACGGUGUUCACGACUCAGAUAUUCACCGUGACCAAGUGCCCACCCACCGUGACCGACUGCCCUGCUCACUCUACUAAGGUUGUUACCUCCACAUAUGGCGUGUCGACUGCUGUGUGGUCACCCCCCGCGGUGACUGGAGCUGGCCAUAUAACCACGAGUGCUAUCAUCUCGACCCCUGCCGAGCCCACCUCGUCCGUCGUGCCCGCUCCAUGCCCUAAGCUGGUUCCCAUGUGCAUGAACACAUGGCUCUCAAUCCCGAAGUGCGACUCCAACAGCGACACCGCAUGCUUCUGUCCAUCUUCCGAGUUCGCAGACAAAGUCAAGUCUUGUAUUCACGCCUGGGGCACUUCUGAGCAUGAAACACAGUCUGCACUCUCCUACUUCGCUGGCAUCUGUGCCCCUUAUGUUCCAAAGAACCCUUCCAUUAUCGAAAUCCCCCCAAUGACCUCGCACGCGUCGUCUGUUCAUAUGCCUACUUCCUCCUGGGCACCUACCACUCCGGCCCCGGCGGCUCCUUCUACCACUCUUACCUGGUCUUCUCACACCGUGACUGUCCCGCAGGUUGCGUUCAGCACGGUCACUGUUAGCUCCACAACCAGUGUGUGCCUGGUGCCUGGUGUUCCAACCAGCCAUAGGACUACCCUCACACCCGCGACUAAGACCACCUGUGCUAGCCACAUUCCGACUUCCUCUAAAAUCACCCCCCUGUGGUUCUUUCUAACGCUGGAUCUAAAACUUCCGUGGCUAGUAUGUGGGCAGGUAUGGCCAUGUUGA